AAAGAAGCAGAAGAAGAAGACGUAAAACAUGGCGGCGCCCAGUGUGGAUACCAUGGAUGGGGCAAAACUAAAGGCACAGAUACCCCAGCGUCAGUACUGACACCUUGGACACAUCUUGACCUGAGGCUACCGCUGGUGUUAGCAUGUGGUGGUGUAAGGCAGCAGGAGUCCUCCUGCAGCCCUGCUGUGUCCGGACACGAGCUCAUGGUGACCGGCAGCGGAUCUGUAGGUUUCUGUCUUCUUCAUCCAGACCUCCGUGGAGGCUCAUGUUCUUCGGCUCUGAUCAGUUCGCUGUGGAGUCUCUGAAACUCCUCACAUCCGACAGGAACUCCAAUGAAAGGAUGGUAGAGAACCUUGAAGUUGUGACUUUGAGUAACGACGUCCCAGUGAGGAGGUUUGCUCAGCAGAACCAGCUUCCACUCCAUAGCUGGCCCCCUGACGAUGUGGAUGGACGGUUUGACGUCGGGGUGGUUGUGUCUUUUGGCGCUUUACUCCCUGAGAGACUGAUCAACAAAUUUCCACACGGGAUUUUGAAUGUUCACCCCAGCCUGCUGCCAAGGUGGCGAGGUCCAGCACCUGUCUUCCACACCAUUCUACAUGGUGACACCAUGACAGGAGUCACUAUCAUCCAGAUCCGCCCUCACAGGUUUGAUGUCGGCCCCAUUCUCAAUCAGGAGCUUCAUCAGGUCUCUAGAAACUGCACUGCUGAUGAGCUUGGAUCUGUUCUGGCCACUAAAGGAGCACAUCUGCUGAUUGACACUUUGAGGACACUGUCUGAAAGAACAGCAAAUAAAAGGGAGCAAGGACAGAUAGGUGCAACAUUUGCCCCAAAAAUCAAUACAUCCAUGAGCUGGAUAGUGUGGGAGGAACAGACUUGUGACCAAAUCGAUCGUCUGUAUCGUGCCAUUGGAUCUCGGAUACCUUUGAGGACUACAUGGAUGGGCAGGACAAUAAAACUUCUGGAUUUUGUAGGAAAAUGUCACAUUUCAUUAUCAGAUCAAAGGAGGAAAGUGAUCCCUGGCUCAGUGAGCCUCCAGAAGGAGUCCAAUACUCUGGCUGUCUGCUGCAAGGAUGGCUGGGUGGGGUUCAGGACCAUAGUCCUGAACAAAAGACUGACAGCAGUUGAUUUCUAUAAUGGCUACCUACAUCAGACACUGCAGAGGAACACACCCGGUCAGACAGCUGAAGGACUGUUUGUCAGUAGAAAAGAAGGAACUGAAGUGCAUCAGAUGAGAGACAGUCCAACAUUGCAAUCACUGGAGACAUGACAUUGUCUAAUAGAAUUUACUGUUAUUUUGUCAUAUUUGCUGUUUUAAGUAAUCCACAUGUGCAGUAUGUUUCUCGAUUACUGCAUUUAUACUCUAUAUUUGCAGUAAAUAACUUGCCUGACUGCCAGACAUUAGGAACAAUUAUGAACUGUUUUAUUUAUUGAUUUACCUAAAAUGAUUUUUUUCCAUAGCUGCAAAGUUGCUUUAUUGGGUUCUAAAGAUGCUAAUGUGUGAUUGGCUGUCUGUCAACCAGUCUAUUGUUCUGUCCACUACUUUGGCACAGACUGAAGUCAUUGAACAGCUAUCAUACUGUACUUUGGACUUAGUGCUAAUCAUCUGAUGUUAACUUGUCAACAUGCUAAACUCAGACAGCAAAAUGGUAAAUAUGAUGCCUGCAUGCAUGUUAGUAGGUACAACAUGUAUAGACUAAGCAGGCUAGAAUGUGUCUCUUGGGAUUGAUGCCUUUCAUCCACUAAAAAUCGAGAAGCCCAUUUCAAGAGGAAGAGCGCCACAAGAAGAAUAUACCUGACUUCUUCAUCGACAGAUUUUUGGAGGUCCAGAUUUCAACUGAUCUAUAACUGAUGUACAGUCAUUAAGUUCUCUGUUUUUAUUGGUCUUUCUUAGAAGUGACUUCUUUGCAGCAAUUUGUCCAUGAUGGCCUAAUUCACACAGUCUCCUCAGACUGCUUAUGUAGAGAUGUGUCUGCUACUUUAACUCACAGAAGCACUACUGUGAAAUGCCUUUAAUUGUGGAUUUCUGAGGCUGGUAGCUGUAAUCCAUAUAUCCUGUGCAGCAGGGGGAACUCUUGUUCAUCCUUUCCUGGGGCAGUUUUGUUCUGCAGAGCAGAAAACUGUAGAACAAAAUAAAGAAAAAUCUUUGAAUGAG